AUGGCAAGAACUAAAAGAGAGGCAAAUGGACUUUAUGUUUUUGCUUCUUUUGAUAUCCAAGCAUUAGCCGGAUUAGAGAUUGUUCGCUUAAAAAAGGAAGGCAAAGAAAUCAGACCCAUUGCUUUAUAUGAGAGAGUGGUUUUUGAUUUACCAGUUAAAGAAAUUCAUGCUUCUCCUGUGAUGCAUAAAACAUCAUGCCAACAGAAACAAACUACACAAGAGAACCGCAAGACUCCCAAGAAUGAUUCGACAAUUGAUUCGAAGGGGAAUAUGACCGGGGAAUGGCCGGAAUCAGAUCCAACCAAAUUGACUGAAAUUACUGAUUUGGAAAUCUCCAAUUGCCCCCAAUUAGAAAGAAUAAUUUGCUCCCAUAAUCAAUUAACCGAAUUAAAAAUAAACAAUUGUCCUAAUGUAAAUAGGAUUUAUUGUUCCCAUAAUCAAUUAAAAGAACUAGAUUUCACUAACCUGGAGAAAUUAGAAAAAUUAUUUUGUGAAGAUAAUCCUAAUUUGCGGAAGGAAAAGAUAAAAACUCCUCCAACUACCCAAUUUUUAAACUCCGAGACAUUUUCCGAAGGAGAUGGAACUACUGAACAAGAUGCCCAAGAAUAUGAGAUCUUAGAAAAAAUUAGCCAGAAAAUAAAAGACAUUCCAAAUCGAUCGGGAGAAUUCAAAAGAGAGUUAAACCUUGAAAAAAGCACGGAGUUAUCACCUCACACUCUACGACGUUCUUUUACUACUUAUCAUGCCGAACAAGGUGUGCCUUUACCGCUUUUACAAAAAAUAUUAGAAAAACCCAAGAGCCAACCUUUACCAGCCAAACCCACCAUUUUUUCACCUACCGAAAAAGAGGAAAUAACCUCUGGACAGGAAAAUGGUUUUUUACCAAUUUUUGAGGAAAACUCACCCAAAAGAGCAAAAAAUGCAAUUUUACCGGAGAGCAAAAAUCCGAAAAUUCUCAUUCAGAACCAACCUCAGAACCAACCACCUAUUAAGAACAGUUCACCGCCCAUUGAGACAAAAAAACCAAUUUCAAUUGAACCAAAUUCUCUCCCAAAAAAUACCCAAAAACAAUUAUUGCCACCAAUCAGCAAACAGGAGCAAAAAAACAAUGAGUGCCGUGUUCUUUCUGACAAAAAUUGUUUUGAACUCUCCCAAAAUCAAAAAAAAGAGACAAUUUUAAUAGCCAAAAUUAAGGAAUUGGAGGAACAAUUGAAACAAGUCCAAAACGAAAAUAAUAAUUUGAGAGCAGAAAACAAAAUGUUGAAAAAUUUAGUCUCUGAAAAUCAAAAUCCAAAAGCCUUAAUUCAAAAUGUAGUUGAAAACCAAAAAGCAGUAGUCAAACUAUCUAAUUAA